AUGAUUAAGCUGGAGUCACCGGAAGUCCACAUGUCUUUACCUCUACCUCGGGCACCCGACCCGGCCGCGCUUGCCGCCUAUUGGGCUGAAUAUGAGGACCUUUGCCGCCAGAUUAGUACCGCGCACAAUAACGAUGAUGACGACAACAACUACGAAGAAGGCGAAUUGGAAACAGAAUGGUUGCAAGCAGCUGGCUUGGGAUCGUUGGCCGCGCCCUUCCAAGCUGGGCUAGAGGUCACAGAGGCUCAAUUAGGAGAGGCUGUACGACCUCUCCCCCGAGAGCAAGCUGCUGCAGUACGACGAAGAGUUAGGCGACUCAACAGAACUGUGAGGAGACGACGGGCUGCAUCCCGCGCCAAGAAACCAGAUAUACGAGAUGUUUUCAGGGAUUUAGAAAAUUCGAGCGGCAGCGAGCCUCGGUCGCGUAGCGCGACCCCUGAUUCUUUGGACUCGUUGCCGAGCGGUGGUUCCGGCAGCCCUACCACAGAGUGGGCAGAUAAUGCAACACCACCUGACUUUGUUGACAACUACCCCCCAGUUGGUACGCACGCGCCUAUCGCUCGCACUCCCUCAGCGCCCGCGUCCCGACGCGUGCGUCUUUCCCCGCCCGGCCCCCACUCUCCCCCACGACCUGUACACGAACUUUUCAAGCCAAACGAUUUACACUGGGCUGAUAUUGCCACUAACACCGAAGGUAUCGAGCUUCUAGGUUACCAGAGAUAUGGGACAGUCCAGGGACCGCGAAUAGGGAAAGAACGCAUCAAUGGAUCAAUUUUAAAAGAAAACGACCCUUUCAUGAAACAUGCGCCGGUUUCUCGAACAAAAAGCGUAACGUCUGCGCAACCGCUCAGCUUCGAACAUAAGUUUAACUUGGAUCGACAAAUGCUGGAUCAUGAAGAGGAGUGGCCGGAGCCUGACAGUACAGUGGAUAUCGAAACAGUGGGGGAACCACAGUUGAAGAAGCUGCAGCCGUUACUCUGGCUGGAGCUGACCGCACUCUUUGACAGAUACUCGUUGCCUUUCCACAAACGGAAACCGCCUAAGAAGAAGCGGAAAGAAGAAGGUGCAGUAUUCGGUGUGGCAUUGGAGACACUGCUCCGUAAGGAUAUGAUCCUGUGGGAAGAGACCUGGAGCUCGGUGCCUUCUAUCCUUAGGGCACUGUCUUCAGCUCUUCGAUCGAGAACAAAGGAUGAAGGCCUUUUACGUGUUCCCGGGAAUAAGCAUAAGAUCGAGGCCCUCUGCCAGCUGAUCGAGCGGCAGUGGUACUCGGAGCGCGGCGGCGUGGAGGCGGCGCUGCGGCGCGCCACCGGCCACGACCUGGCCGCCGUGUUCAAGCGGCUGCUGCGCGCGCUGCCGCAGCCGCCGCUCACGCAGGAGCUCAUGCGGCUCUUCUAUCAUACUUAUUCUUUGACCGGCGCGUCGCAGGGGCGGGCACUGAACCUGCUGGUGCUGCUGCUGCCGGCGGAGCAGCGCGCCACGCUGCGCGAGCUGCUGCGGCUGGUCCGCGAGAUAGUCUCCAUGAGCGACACCAACAAGAUGUCCGAGCACAACGUGGCCAUGAUCAUCGCGCCCACACUCUUCCCGCCCAGUCUUUUACUCAAGCAAUCUGACAGCCUCGAGACCCAGCUGGCGACCGCUGCGAACAGCUGUCACGUGACCGAAGCCCUCAUGCGCUGGUGUGAACAGCUCUGGAUGGUGCCUCCCUCCCUCCUCGCUGCCUCCCAGAGGAAGCCUCCACCACACCGGAGGGCCCACCACACU